UUUUUCAUUUUUGGCAAAAUAAAUUUUGCCUUGGUUUCUUGGAAGUCACCCCAGAAAGAAAAUUUUAUCAUGCUUCCCAUCGUCCGCAUCUCCUAGCUCGCUCACAUCCCCAAAAUCAGAGACCACGCCACUCGUUGUUGGAAACAAAUCAGAAGAUCAUGUUGUCUUCGUCCCCCUCCAGCCCACGGCUGGGGUCCCCCAGCAGUUCCCGGUCCGUAACGGAGACCGUUAACGGCUCCCACAACUUCACGAUCAAAGGUUACUCGUUGGCUAAAGGGAUCGGCGUCGGCAAGCACAUCGCCAGCGACAACUUCACCGUGGGAGGCUACCAGUGGGCCAUCUAUUUCUACCCGGACGGCAAGAACCCCGAGGACAAUUCCACCUACGUCUCCGUCUUCAUCGCGCUCGCCAGCGAGGGAACCGACGUUCGAGCCCUCUUCGAGCUCACUCUUCUCGAUCAGAGUGGCGCCGGCAAGCACAAGGUCCAUAGCCAUUUUGAUCGCUCCCUCGAGAGCGGGCCAUACACCCUCAAGUAUAGAGGCAGCAUGUGGGGCUACAAACGAUUUUUCAGACGGAAUAUGCUUGAAUCAUCAGUUUUCCUUAAGGAUGAUUGCUUGAAAAUAAAUUGUACUGUUGGUGUUGUGGUUUCUGCUAUAGAUUGUUCAAGACUACACUCCAUACACGUCCCUGAAUCUGAUAUUGGAGCACAUUUUGGUAUGUUAUUGGAGAACGAGGAAUGUUCAGAUGUUACUUUCAUUGUGUCUGGGGAAAAGUUUCAUGCUCACAAGCUGGUGCUGGCUGCUCGUUCUCCUGUGUUUGAAACUGAUUUUUUUGACGGAAUGGAUGAAGAUAAUCCUGAAAUAGUCAUUACAGAUAUGGAACCCAAGGUUUUUAAGGCCUUGCUUCACUACAUCUACAGAGAUACUCUUGUUGAAGAUGAGGAUUUCUUGGCAUCGACUUCAUCUUGCACACCAUCUUUAUCUGACACAUUUGCUGCAAAACUGUUAGCUGCAUCGGAAAAAUAUGCUUUACCUAGACUCCGACUGAUGUGCGAGUCUGUACUCUGUAGAGAUAUAUCUGUAGAUUCCGUUGCCAAUAUUUUGGCCCUUGCUGACCGUUAUCAUGCUUCAGAUCUAAAAUCGGUUUGCCUAAAAUUUGCGGCUGAAAACCUUGUUGCCGUUAUGCGGUCGGAUGGUUUCGAGUAUCUGAAGGAGAACUGCCCGUUGCUGCAAUCUGAGCUCCUAAAGACAGUUGCAGGAUGUGAGGAGGAAUUCAGUGGAGGGGGUAAGAGUCGAAGUGUGUGGGCUCAGUUUUCUGAUGGCGGCGACACAAACGAUAGGAGUGUAAGGCAACAAACCUGGGAAAAUGAGGGUAAAAGAAGACGAAGAUUGUGGGCCAAGCUUUCUGAUGGCGAUGAUGGCAUGAUGCUUGUGGUAGGAGUCGUAGACAAGAAGACUGAUAUUAUUAGCAUUGUUACCUAGAUACUGCUGGAUUGACCCUGGAAAAGAGGGAGAACAAUAAACGUCAGGAGCAUUGCCUCCAUUGUAAUGUAAUGUGCCCUUUUCUUUCUCUUUCUUUGUUUCUUGUUUUCUCCACUCCUGUUAACGCUGGUUUUAGUUUGGUGGCAAUGGACACUGGUUUAUUGUUUAGGUUGCAUUAACAGAUACGUAUUAUCAUGAGUAACUAACUUGUUAUCAGCGUAGAUUGUAGCUAUAAGAAUGUAGAAGACAACAUUUGCUGAUAAAUCAAUAUCACGCUUCUCUCUAGUCUCUA